AAAAAUGAAUUUAAGUUAGAGGUGGUCAAUUUCCCGUGUUUGGAUGAGACGCCUGUUCUUCCCUAAGGCUUCCAUGGCCUCCUCUAUCCUUGCCGUUGCCCGAUCGCAUUUCCGUCCCCUUUCCGUCCCUUCCUCACGCCUAUCUCUACCAUUUCACCUAAUUUCAUUCGUUUUUUCUGCUAGUCGCCCCAUUUCAACUGCCUCUUGCGCCUCACCCACGCCGCUAUUUGCUCUUGACGAUUCUUCAUCUGAUUUCUGUCAGUUCCCGAAUAUCUUUGGCUUUAUGUCUGACAAGAGGGAAAUCCUGAAGAAUGAUUCCAAGGUGCUUCUAAAGGGACUCUCUUACACUGAGCUUGAGAAAUGGGUUCAAUCACGAGGAUACAGACCUGGCCAAGCUUUAAUGCUGUGGAAACGUCUUUAUGGAGAUAACAUUUGGGCACAUACCGGCGAUGAAUUAGAAGGUUUAAACAAAUAUUUUAAGAAAAUGUUGAUUGAAAACGCUGAAUUCAGGGCGCUGUCAUUGAGGGAAAUUCUCCCUUCAUCUGAUGGAACUAGGAAGAUUUUGUUCGAUCUGGAAGAUGGAUUGAUAAUAGAAACUGUUGUUAUACCUUGCGAUAGAGGCAGGACUACUGUUUGCGUUUCAAGUCAAGUGGGCUGUGCCAUGAACUGUCAAUUCUGCUACACUGGCAGGAUGGGCCUGAAGAGACAUCUGACUGCUGCUGAGAUAGUAGAACAGGCAGUUUUUGCCAGGCGUUUACUUACUAGUGAAGUGGGUUCUAUUACUAAUGUCGUGUUUAUGGGAAUGGGAGAGCCACUUCACAACAUUGACAAUGUCACUAAAGCAGCAAACAUAAUGGUUCAUGAACAAGGCCUUCAUUUCAGUCCCCGCAAGGUCACUGUCUCAACCAGUGGACUUGUACCUCAGCUAAAACGUUUCCUUCGUGAAUGUGACUGUGCUUUAGCUGUUAGUUUGAAUGCAACUACUGAUGAGGUUAGGAAUUGGAUCAUGCCAAUUAACAGGAAAUAUAAGUUAGGCUUGCUUCUUCAGACUUUAAGGGAGGAACUUUGCUCGAAACACAAUUACAAGGUUUUUUUUGAAUAUGUGAUGCUUGCUGGGGUUAAUGACGGCCUGGAAGAUGCGAAGAGGCUGGUUGAUCUUGUCCAGGGUAUUCCAUGCAAGAUUAAUCUUAUUUCAUUUAAUCCACAUAGUGGAUCUCAGUUCAGACCUACCCGCAGGGAGAAGAUGAUUGAGUUUCGGAAUGUUUUGGCUGAAGCUGGGUUGACUGUUUUCUUGCGACUAAGUAGAGGCGACGACCAGAUGGCUGCCUGUGGUCAGUUGGGCAAACCUGGUACUAUUCAAGCUCCUUUACUCCGUGUUCCAGAACAAUUUCAAAUGGCAAUGAAAUUGGCUCUCUAGUUCUUUUUGUUCCUACAACAAGGUGCAGCAUUGGCAUGACUCCAUCGAUGUCAAACCUGUUGAUAUUGCAUCUGCUUGCAUAUGGCAGUAGAUGGUGUGCUUAUUUAUGGGCGAUGGUUAGAAGAACUCCUGCCUGUCUUUAGAUUUUACUAGUUCUCUCGGAGGGACACCUAAAUUUCAACCCCAUAUUGAAAAAAGUUAUUACUCAAGGUCUUAAAUUUUAGGCCAUUCUUCAGUUUCA